CCAUUUCUCGUUUAAGAAUAAACAAAACAGAAAAAUUAACCUUGACAGUUGAUGGUCGGUAAAAUACCUAAAUACCUGUUUCUCCUCAUAGUACAGCAGAGGUGUCAUUUAUUCAGUGCUGCUCAAGUGACUUGUGAUGUCCAUUUAUCAGCUUGUGGCUGUUUCGUUGGCCUUCUUGGGAUCGAUUUUAGCUUUAAACUCGCCAUGUCCUGAUCUCUUCCAUUACGAUUCUACAGAUGAGCCAAAUCAAUGGAGUGGAACCGUGACGCUGCUGUCAGAUGAUGAACUUCAAGGCGUCUGGGCUCGACUUAUCUUUGAUGAAAAGUUAACAGAGCUCGAGCUCCAUGACAAUUUCGAAGUGGUGAGGGCUGAUAACCAGCGCGAAUAUUUAAUUAAAAACAGAGACUUUGUGUUGAAACCUGCAACACCAGUGGAUGUCAAAAUAACCGUUAAAUACGAGGGGGAUAAAAUUCCCACCUUAAUUGGCUAUCGAUUGAACGCCAAAAUGGUCUGUCCCCCAUCGAAUGUCAAUUCUGGCCAAUUCUUCCCCGGAGACUUAAACACUAAAGAUUUUUUGUCUUCUAUCACCUCAAGCUCGAAAGUUUCCGCUUACGCUUGUGGAACUACUCCCCUGUCGGCAAAUCAUGAACGUGCAAAUAAAAAGGCGCAAAAUGGACAAUGGCCAUGGCAAGGAGCUAUUUACAUUCGCAAUAACAGCGUUGAAAAAUACGUCUGUGGAGCCACUUUGAUAUCAAACAGACACGUUUUAACUCCUGGCCAUUGUGUCACUUAUCUCAAAUCAGAAUUUGUAGUGCCUGCUCGUCUGCUGAGGGUUUAUCUUGGGAAAUAUAGCCUUGAUAACGAUGGAGAGAAUAAGGAAAUGCAGGGAUUCGGAGUGGAAAGAAUACACUUGUAUCCGGGGUAUCGUUCGAAGGGGUUAUUAAACGAUUUGGCCGUUCUUCGCUUGGAUGAACCGGUGAUUAUCAGUGAUUAUGUUAGACCGGUUUGCCUAAGCCCUCAGGAUGAAAAACGGGACGGACUUCUAACCGGAUACGAAAUUAAAGACGAGGGAUUGCAAAGUCUUGGCCAGGCCGAAGUUGAAGUCCUCAACGAGCAGGAAUGCAUCCAGAAAAACGAGUUUUUGAAAGGGUUUUACACAGAUAAUGUUUUUUGCACCAGUUACGCUGAAAACGAUUCCGUCUGUGUUGGAGAUUCUGGAAGUAGUUUGGUGGUCUUUAGAGGUGGUCCAAAGCCAGUCUGGGAGUUGAAAGGCGUCGUCACCAUCGGCGUCGGACUCCAAAAUAAAUAUGUAUGCAAUCGGGCGAGUACUGUCCUCCUUGUAGACGUUGCCAACUACUUGAAAUGGAUCCAAGAAGUCGCCUCUUAGAAAUAUUCACUUACUUUUAUGGCCUUGUUUCAGUUUAUUGUUUCUGCAUGUAAUAAAAGCUAUUUGAACGCGA